AGGGGCGUGAGAGUCGUUGUGACGCGAGGUCUACACCAAACGUCUCCACUAAAAGCCAUCGUUGCGCGCCCUGUCUGUCGGAUGCCUCGACUCUACUUCAUACUUGGUGAAUAGCUGUAGUGGACAGGAGGGUAUCUCCUUCAACUAGCUACCAUGGCGCCCGCCGGUGGAGGAAAUAUUAAGGUGGUGGUGAGAUGUCGGCCCUUUAACAGUAGAGAAAUCGACCGUGGGGCAAAAUGUAUUGUUGAGAUGAAAGGCAACCAAACGGUUCUGACACCACCCGCUGAAGCUGCUCAUGGCCCCAAAGGAUCAAAAGAUAACUCACCGAAGGCGUUCGCCUUUGACAAGUCAUAUUGGUCCUUUAACAAAAGCGACCCAAACUACGCCGGCCAAGAAAACUUACAUGGCGAUCUUGGAAAACCACUUUUGGACAAUGCGUUUCAAGGAUACAACAACUGUAUCUUUGCUUACGGACAGACGGGUUCUGGUAAGUCAUAUUCCAUGAUGGGAUAUGGCAAAGAGGCCGGUAUUAUACCCCACAUCUGCCAGGAUAUGUUUAGGAGAAUCGAAGAACUGCAGAAAGACAAGACGACACGGUGUACUGUAGAAGUGUCGUAUCUCGAGAUUUAUAAUGAAAGGGUACGGGAUUUGUUAAACCCAUCCACAAAAGGGAACCUGAAGGUCCGAGAACACCCCUCAACUGGUCCUUACGUAGAGGAUCUCGCCAAGUUGGUGGUCAGCAGCUUUCAGGAGAUCGAGCACCUUAUGGACGAAGGCAACAAGGCAAGAACAGUUGCUGCGACAAACAUGAAUGAAACAUCCAGUAGGAGUCACGCCGUGUUCACGCUUAUGCUCACACAAAAGAAGUACGAUACCGAGACGAAAAUGGAGAUGGAGAAGCAAGCGAAAAUUAGCUUGGUCGAUUUAGCUGGUUCGGAGAGAGCAACGUCAACUGGUGCUACUGGUGCUCGACUAAAGGAAGGUGCUGAGAUCAAUAGGUCCCUCUCGACGCUUGGCCGUGUGAUAGCAGCAUUAGCCGACCUCUCAACGGGGAAAAAGAAGAAAGGACCGGGAGGAACCGUUCCAUAUCGAGAUAGUGUUUUAACGUGGCUUCUAAAGGACUCACUCGGUGGAAACAGUAUGACCGCUAUGAUUGCGGCAAUCAGCCCGGCUGAUAUCAACUACGACGAAACUUUAAGUACUCUACGAUAUGCUGACUCCGCUAAGCGAAUCAAGAACCAUGCUGUUGUUAAUGAAGAUGCGAAUGCUCGCAUGAUUAGAGAACUGAAGGAAGAGUUAUCAGUACUGCGAAGCAAAUUGGGAGGUGGUGGCGGUGGCUCCGGCGGCUCUGCUGUCCCCCCAGAAGAAGUCUAUGCUGAAGGUACGCCUCUAGAGAAACAGAUCGUCAGCAUUACGCAAUCCGAUGGUUCUGUCAAGAAGGUAUCAAAGGCAGAAAUUGCUGAACAGCUAAGUCAAAGCGAGAAGUUGUUGACCGAUCUCAACCAAACCUGGGAAGAGAAACUCCAGAAGACGGAAGAGAUCCACAAGGAGCGAGAAGCUGCUCUUGAAGAACUCGGUAUUAGCAUUGAAAAGGGGUUCGUGGGAUUACAUACUCCCAAGAAGAUGCCUCACUUGGUCAACUUGUCUGAUGACCCUCUUCUCGCGGAAUGUUUGGUCUAUAACCUCAAGCCGGGCAGAACGACGGUAGGAAAUGUGGAAUCGAAUUCGGAGCAUCAGGCAAAUAUCCGUCUCAACGGCACUCGAAUUCUUCAUGAGCACUGUUGCUUUGACAAUUCUUCAGACGGCAUUGUUACAAUAACACCAAGCGAAGGCGCGUCUAUCAUGGUUAACGGAAAGCGCAUCGCAGAGACGACAAGAUUGCAUUCUGGCUUCCGUGUCAUUUUGGGUGACUUUCAUAUAUUCAGAUUCAAUCAUCCUAUGGAGGCUCGUGCAGAAAGGGACGAGAACCGGCAAAGUCUACUUCGGCAGUCCGUUACUGCAAGCCAGUUGCGAGAUCUGGAACGUACAUCUCCGUCCCCGCGGCCAGGCCACGAUCGAUCCUUCAGUAAAGCUGGUUCCGAGUUUCCUGACAGUCGCCCAGAGUCACCCGCUCCGUAUCGAAGCGAACGUGAUACAGAUUGGUCCUUUGCACGACGAGAAGCCGCGGGUGCCAUCCUCGGAACAGAUAAGAACCUUCAAAGUUUGACAGACGAGGAGCUUAAUGCGUUGUUCGAAGAUGUGCAGCGAGCUAGAGCUGAGCGCGUCAAUGAUCGCGAAGGCGAUGACGAUUCGGAAUCUAACACUUCCUAUCCCAUUAGGGAAAAGUAUAUGUCGACUGGCACAAUUGAUAAUCUCUCGUUGGAUACGGCCCUUACGAUGCCGUCUACUCCGAAGGCCGGCGAAGGGGACGAUCGACUUAAGGAAAUGCGAGAUAGUAUGCAAGAUCAGCUGGAGAAGCAAAAAGAAGAAUACCAAGGGCAGCUCAAGAGCGCCGGCGUGGCUAACGUUGAAGUGGAGGAGAUUAAAAAGGAGAAAGCUAGGAUGGAAGAGACUCUAGUCCAGCUAAAAGCCGACAUGCAAAAGCAAUUGGAAACCCAAAAGCAACAGUUCGAGGCUAAGAUUGAAAAGCUCGACCCCUUGAAGAGACCCAAGGCAAAACCAAAACUAACUGAAGAGGAGAUUGAGAGGGCUAAAACGACAAUCGGGCACUGGAGAGGCCGGCAUUACGUACAGAUGGCCGAAGCCGUCCUACAACAUGCGACUAUCCUCAAGGAGGCACAGAUUAUGAGUGAGGAAUUGGGAGAGAACGUUGUGUUCCAAUUCACGGUUGUGGAUAUCGGUCACGCGCGCUGUUCUUCCUACGAUAUGGUGCUAAACGACGUACCAAGCGAGGGUGAAGACCCGGCUCUUGACGAAGCUCAAAAGCCGUGUGUAGGAGUCCGCGUUGUCGACUACAAGAACACCGUCGUCCAUCUUUGGAGCUUAGAAAAGCUCCAUGACCGCGUGCGGCAGAUGCGGCAGAUGCAUCAAUAUCUUGACCAGCCGGAGUACUCUCAACAUUUCAAGCUAGACAAUCCCUUUGUUGAGAAUUGCAUGCCCGAGUAUUCUCUCGUCGGUGAGGUUGAUGUCCCUCUCCGAGCUGUCUUCGAUAGCCGAGUCCAGGAUUUCACCUUGGACGUCCUAUCGCCUCAUACUUCCCAUGCCAUUGGUAUCAUUAAAGUAUCCUUGGAACCUUCUAGCGCCCGAGCUCCUUCGAGUACUUUAAAAUACAAUGUUGUUAUGCACGACAUGAUUGGCUUUGCUGAGCGAGAGGGAACUGACGUACAUGCGCAGUUGUUCAUCCCCGGUGUCUCAGAUAGCGUCACUACAACUCAAAUGAUCAAGGAUUUCGACGAAGGCCCUAUACGAUUCGACAGUGUCCAUAGCAUGAGCGUUCCAUUGUUUGGGUCUCGAGACGUCGAUCUUAGGAUUGCUAUUUUCGCCAAGGUUUCUACGAUGCAUCUCGACAAAUUGUUGAGUUGGGAUGAGAUGCGUGACGCCACUCCCAACCCCGAGCACAAUUCUCCGGGCGCACGAAUAAAUGAAACACAGUUCUACACCGAGGAGAAGCACGAUAUACUUGCCCGGCUCCAGAUCCUCGAACUUAACGAGAACGGAGAGUAUGUUCCUGUGGAGGUCACGCAAACAAGUGAGCUCGAUACUGGUACUUUUCAAUUGCACCAAGGACUUCAGAGACGGGUGGCGAUCAACCUCGCACAUAGCUCGGGAGAUACGUUGCCAUGGGAGGAUAUCAUUUCGGUUCGCAUUGGCAAGAUCCAGCUUGUCGACCACGCCGGCAAAAAUCCUGAUAUGGGAUCACCUGCGCCCGAUAUCCCCUUAAGACUGAGCGCGAAACCCUAUUGCCGCCAAAACGCAAACGGCACGCGAAGCAUGGCUAUUACAGGGCAAUGGGAUUCCAGCUUACACAAUUCUCUUUUGCUUGAUCGCACGACAGCAGACAAAUACAAAGUGCAGAUGACCCUGUCCUGGGAUAUAACUGCUGACAAUCUUGCUGAGCCAAUGAAGUUCUCGACGAACGUUUACUGCCAGAUUUUGGGCAGGACGUUUGUCCGGCAGACGUCAAUGCUAUCGGCUCUAUUUCAGCAUGUUAGGAUCGUGCAUUCUUCUACAGCUAUCUUCACCUUAGGCAUGCGACCGGCGCCUAUUAAGCGGGUCGGCGAUUUAUGGAGGAUGAAUAGUUUGCAUAGCUAUGUAAAGGGCGAAGAGAAUUUGAGCAACUGGGGCCCAAGGGGAGUUUCAUUAAUAGGCGAUUACAUUACUGCACGGAAGAAAAAGAGACGCAUUACUGAGAUCGCGGCAGCCCAGUUAUUCCUCAAGAAGAUUGGCCUACCUGAGCCAAAGAAAAAGCCUGCUGAAGAUGAGGAUAACUCCGAUGAUGAUAUUUCCCCGGAGCUUCAGACCCGUGAUGAUGAUCAAGAUUCGAUCAAUGCACUCCUUAACGAUACCCCAGAGACAUCGCGGCCGUCCACGCCGAAGCAGCCAGAGUCGAUCGAGGGCGACAAGGUAGAUCAGCCGUCUGAACAGCCCGAGCAAUCUUCUGAGCAGCCACCUGUACAGCCCCAAGAGCCAGAGUAUAACGAGCACGAAAUCCUUAUCCUCAACAAAUGCAUAAAGCUCUGGUCGCGACAUCCGGAUCCUACAGCCCGGAUCCUUGGCCCAGCAAAUACAGCACCUCCCUCAGAUGGCGUCGCACCUGAGUCUGUGACACCGCCCAGGUUGAUCUCUACCAUCAUCCGAGUUCCGAAAAACCCGAAAGUCCUAAAAGGAGGCUAUCUUUUUGUCCCCAAUAAUGAUUACAACAAAUGGAUCAAGAGAUUUGUGGAGCUCCGAAGACCUUAUCUCCAUAUCCAUGACGUUAGUGACGGCGACGAGGUGGCGAUCGUUAGUCUUCGCAAUUCUAGGGUUGAUAGCCAGCCAGAGAUUCUAUCACUGUUCAAUGGCCACGAUGACGAACCAGAUGGGUUAACUCCAACAAAUGGUAAUGCUCGCGAGAACUUCCAACCAGGCCAUCAUCGGACACCGUCAGGUCGGACCAUUUCAACCGUUUGGUCUGGAAAUUUCAGGUCUUCAGGUCCUAGUCUUGGCGGCUUAAGCGAACGUCUGCAGGCGGGCGUUUUUGCUGUUUAUGGGACAGACAACACGUGGCUGUUUGCGGCUCGCAAUGAGCGCGAGAAGCUUGACUGGAUCUCUCGAAUUGAUCAGAGCUACUUCUCUGGUAGCGCGAGCGUCAGCAUGAGCGGUAGUGGUGCGGUGAGCCCGCAACCGAGAAGCUACACCAUCGGCGCCGAUUGAGACAUCUAAUACCCUAUCAUAAACCAAACCGGCUAGUCAGUCUGGCCCGUUUAGGAAGCUAUGAGUUACGACUGCCUUCGAUUAGCAUAAUGAAAGCAUAUAUUGGUUGGGAUAGUUGAAAACAAGCGGCGUUGUUUUUUCCUUUUGUUUUAGAAUACCCUCUGUCGUAUCGCCAGACAGAGAACUCUGUACUACUUAGAUUAUACCCUCAGGGUUUUCGAAUUCGCGGGAAAGGGCCAAAAUGCAGGUGCG